AUGGAGGUUGUGUUGCAAGGUGCGCUGCCAACAGCGGCAAGGGAUGCACAGAGAUGCAAGGUGUCGCCAUCGUGUGUGUGGAUGACCACCCAAGCGUCUGCGACAGGCGCCGACGACCUGUCCAUCUGGACCACCAGACGAGAAAGUAGCACUGAUGGCACAGGAGCAGAUGCUGGGCUAUACAGCCUCCUCGCCACCCUUCCUUCAAUUUCAGCGCACUUGUUCCUGGCCGAUACAGAAAUUACAGAUCCACACUCUUUUCUCCUCAGCACGGAGAACACGUCGUUUGCAGCCGCAGACGCAGGCGAGUGCCUGGUCGCCCUGGGCGCCAAUGACACCGUUACAAUCCUGCUCAGUGUCAGGCACACUGGCAACAAUGACCAAGAUACCAAGGAGCAACAGUCGUCCGACGAGACACAGGCGUCGUCGUCCUCAUUCAAGUUUGAACCACUUCACGACAACUCACACGUCAUGAAAAGCACCCUGCACCUGGACUGGCUCUUUGCCGACACAGUCGAUGCGGAGGUGGAGGAUGUGCAGAUUGUGCCCAUUUCCAAGCAGCAAUUUCUUGUCCUGUCAUACCCGCACUUCUCCAUCGUCACCAUAAACGCAGAGGAGCAGCGCUGCACAGUUGAGCACGUGCGCACGAUUGACGGUGACCUCAGCUGGACAGACGUCCACUGCUCACGUGACGCGCGGCCGUUGGUGUGUGCAUCUGGGAGCGAACUUGUGCUGCUGCAUGCAUCGCAUAUGGUCGAGGUGGUUGACGUGUCCACCACUGCUGCCGUUGCGGCCGUCAUCAACCUCAGAACAUGCUGUACCAUCUACAGAGGGCUGGAGUGGAGCUCCAUUGCAGUUGGAUGGCAGCCCCGCCGCUUGCUCGUGUCCUCCGCAUCCGAACCCGUCACCAUCGUCAUCGACAUCCCGGCCUACUUCUCGAGUUUCCCACAGCAUCUGCGGCCGGGAGCAGCAGCCCCGCUGGUCAGGCGCUCUCACACCGACGGGAGCGGGUGCGAUGCGCUGCCUGUGAUGUCGAUUGACGACUACCACAACGAAUGGAUCGAAGCCGUGCGCGCACGCGUCGAUAUCGACAGUGGUUUCACACACGGGACCAUGCGUGGCGAUGAAACGCGACACUGGGCAGCUGCCGCCAACCAGCACGACCACGACCACGACCACGACGGCCACCGUGAUGGUGGUGCGGAUGUGUCGGUGGGCGAGGCGCAGUACAAUGCAUCUGUGCUUGAUGCACUCAACGCAACAGCAGCCAGCUUCAUCACGGCUGCCUCCCAUCUGCCGCCACCACCGCGCCCGCACCCGUUUGCACACCUGCUGCGUAGCCAGGGCACAGCUGCCACACACGUGCACGUGCGCAACCGGCGCGCAACGGUGAUUGCGAGCGGUGUACAGCAUACCCUCAGCAUCACGAUUGUUGACGUCGUGACGCUGCAAUCGCUCACCACCGUCGUUCUCCCGCCUUCCACGCACGUCGCAAACUCCAAUCCGCUGCUGCUGGUUGGUCCGCGCGGGCUGACGACGCUUGUCCUUGACCUGAGCCAACAGCAGCUGUUGGACCAGCUCACCAUGCUCGGCAGGAACGACGUUGCACAGCUCCUCUGCAGCCAAAACGGAUGGAGCAACAACUGCUACACGAGCCAGCUGGAGACCAGCCUCAAGUACAGGCAGAUUGAGCUUGUCAAGGAAGUCCUCAAAACACUCACAAAGGACCAGCUAGCAAGCGCGUGCGAGAUGUUGGUGGACGCCGUUUCCGAGACAUGGCAGUUCCGCGACUACCUCGACUUCCCCAUCAAGCUCAUGCACCUCACCACCAGGUUCAUCGCACGGAAACUCGAGAUGUUUGCUGCGACGCCGCGUGACGCAAUCCUGGUGCAGCUGUCGUCAUUCAUGGCACGCCUUCGCCGCAUCCUCCCGCUCGCUGAAGGUGCUGCUGACGUUAGCGGUGGCGGUGGCGGUGGAGAAGAGGACGCUCGAGCCGGUGAAGAUGAGGAGACCACGCCCACUCCAGGACAGCAGGCCGGUGAACAACCACCAACGUGCCUCCUCAGCACGCAGCUGUCUGCUGACAGGGCGGUCAUGUGUCUGCGACCACACUUUACCCGGGACGACCUCUCCUCCAUCCCGAAGACCCUCGUCGACACGUGGGAGGACUUGGCGGAUCCUGCCGCCAUCAUUGCGCAUGCGCUCAAGUGCAACCGGCUGCUUCAUGCGCAGGUCUACCUUGCUGCCAACAGGCUUGAUCCCGCCCUGCACAGCAUCGCCAACACACAGCACCACGCCCUCGCUGCCGCGUACGCCGCCGUCCGCCGCGCACACACGCAGCUUGCAGCCACCUACCUCAGCAGCGCUGGCAUUGAGCCGUAUGGGUGUUUUGCUGAGAUUGUGCGCACGACACUCGAAAGCGACGUGCGGGAACGAUUGUGGCAGCAACUUGUUGACAACGCCCCACACGAGACACUGGCCUUGGUCGGUGACACUGCUUGA